UUACAAGACUUUUAAUUGAAUUAAAUUUCAUAAUUUUAUUUAACUAGGUGUAAUCAAAACACUAAGUACAACUAAAUGGUAAAUUGAUACUGAGUAUUGCAAUAGAACAUUUGAUACUGCAUGCGAUACUACGUGCACAUUAUUUAAUUCUGGACAUAUUAUGAUUAUGGACGUCUAGUGGAUAAGGCGCAACUAUGGCUUACAAAGUGGAUUUCCUAUAUCCGCUGAUUUUCCUUAUAAUUCUGCAACAGAGUCAUGGCCUUGAUAUCAUCGAGGACCUGUUGAAACUUAAUAAAGGGAAGAUUAAAGAUCUGUGCUUUGACAUUGUGUUUGCUCUGGAUCGUUCGUGCAGUGUAGCUGAGGAGGAUCUUGAUAGAAGUAUAAGUUUUAUGACACAAAUGAUCAAAGAAAUAGAUAUAGGAGCACAUAAAGUACAGGUCGGCUUGGUUGUAUUUGACGACGGAGCUCGUAUUCUCAUAGAUGUUGGUCAGUACAAUGAGAAGUCUCGCCUGCUAGAAGCCAUAGAUACUGCAAACUAUACAUACAAUGGUUGUAAAACUGCCACGUGGACCGCAUUGAAUCUGGUCAGGACUAGCAAAAAGCUGCUCAAUAAUAAUGAGAUUGACCAACAGACCAAGAAACCUCGUCAAAAGAUUCUAGUUGUUAUAACAGAUGGUGUUCCGUUUGAUACAAAACAUAAUAUGGGUAAAAUGCUGAAAAUAACUGAAAAAGAAGCUGUUAAGAAUCACGAGGCUGGAAUCACGACGAUUGUCGUGUGUAUCAGGAACAGCGAUGGUGAAUAUGUGGAAGAUUCUGAUGCGACUAUAUUUGACAAACUAGCGAGCAAACCACUAGAAGGACACAAGUUCUAUAUUGAUAAUUUGGAGGUUGAUGCAAAGAAAGUCUUUCCAACACUUGCAAGGUUUACUUGUGAUUAUCGAUGUUCCAAACCGAUAGAUAUUGUUUUCAUUCUGGAUUGUUCAAUGAAUGCCGAUGGUUACACUCACAAGGCACUUGACUUCAUCGUAUCUCUGCUUAAAUCGUUCCCCAUCAAUCCUGAACGGUUUGCCAGAGUUGGGGUGGUCACCUUCAAUGAUCAUGCAACCGUUGAGUUCGGUCUAACCAAACACACCACCUUCGAGGAUAUCAAAAACGCGAUUGAAAAUAUAAGAGGUGUUCACAAAAAGAACCGAGAUACUGCAUAUGCUUUUAAAACAGCUCGACAAUCCGUGUUCUAUGCAAAUGAAGCUAGAAACCGGGUGGCUAGUAGAGUAAACGUGUUGGCAACAAGUGAAAGAGCUUGGCCGAAGGGAUACCGACAACAUAACAUGAGAAAAGUGUUGGGACAGGCGCGGUACAAUGAACUAUAUGAGAUAAACACCAUUAUCAUUGGUUUACCCCCGUAUGAGCCCAAUAUAGACACACAACAACAGAUUCUUGAUGAAUGGCAGAAGUUGGUGACCAACAAGGACACGAACAACAUCUUUGACAUGAAAUCAAGUCGGGCUACUUUCGAAGAUCUUGAGGUGGUCAAAAACUACAUUGCAAAACAAAUGUGUGAUCUAGUUGGACUAGAAUAAUGACAAUUGCAAACAUUUAAAAGUUUCAUUGCACAAGUAAUUUAAUAGUUAGAAAUUCCAGACAAUGAGGAUGCUUUAGUUAUGUAUGAUCGAUGUACGUAGGUAUUUAUAAAUUACGGCCAAUGACCGAGAAACGUCCAUCAACUUUCGACGUUAAAAGCCUCACGUUGCCAGGGGAACGGAUCAACAUAACAGAAUCUUCAAAGAGUCCAUUGAUUCGUUAUAAUUUCUAAUAACAAAUACGUCAAAGAGUCUGUAUAUUUUUUAGAUGAGUGUUAUAUUCGAAUGUAAAAAGUGUGUAAAAUGAAGGUUGUUCAGGUUAUGUUUAUUUUUGUUAAGCUGAAAAAUUAUAAUAGAUCUAAAAGAAACAUUCAAUCACCACUUGAGUUUUGAUUUAAGAAUUGAAUAUCAAGGAGCUUGGUCGUGGAAACCACGAUUUACCAAACUUUAUGUAGAUGUCGUAUUUUGUAUGAUCAAUUUUUAUCUAUAUUGAAAAAUUUUAAGCAGUUUAAACGAUUAAAUGGUUCGGUUUAAUGCAUGACCUAUCUCAGGCUGAGGUUGCAAAACACAUUGAAAUGAUGCUAGAUCUAUUCAACAAAAGAAACGGUUGUUCGUUAGAAGAAGGUAAUCAAAAGGGCGGAUCAGAUAAGUAGAAUAAAAUGGUAUAGCUAACGUUUAUAUACCAAUCCUUCAUGACAAGAAAACAAAGUAAAAGACAGGCAAUUGGUUGCGUUUAUUUGCAUAACUAAGAACCAUUUUAAGUGGCUUGGGUAC